AUGGCUCAUAAAGAAGCCUUGUUGAUGAUUCUCCUUUCCCAAUUAGCAAUUACAAAUACUCUAGCUGCGUUACCAAAAUUCACGUCCAUUUUGAUAUUCGGAGAUUCUUUAUUAGACACCGGCAAUAACAACUUCUUAUCGACGAAUGUAAAAUCCAACCACACGCCAUACGGGAAAGACUUCCCUGGAGGCAUAGCCACAGGAAGAUUCUCUAACGGAGUCCUUAUGUCGGACAUGCUCGCAUCGGGUCUCGGAAUCAAGGAACUCGUUCCUCCCUUCCUCGACCCGAAACUUAAAGACAGCGAACUUCGAACCGGGGUAUGUUUCGCCUCGGCUGGAUCGGGGUACGACGAUAGAACUGCGACUAACAGAAACGUGCUGCCGGUGAUGCAGCAGCCGGCUUACUUGGCGAACUAUACCAAGAGGCUAAAGGCUGUGGUUGGUGAAGCAGAAGGGAAUAGGAUUGUGAAAGGGUCUUUGGCUGUUGUGUUCUCCGGUUCUAAUGACAUGAUUGCGAGUAGUCGUCGUCAUGAGCUCGGUCUAGAUUCUUACGAUGAUUUUCUUUUGUCAAAGGUCACCGAUUUCAUCAAGGCAUUACUCGAUCAUCACUCCUGUCUUCAAUUAUAUGCACAAGGGGUGAGGAACAUACUUGUAGGAGACAUCCCACCUCUUAGAGUGGAUGCGCCUUCAUACAAUAAAAAGCUUAAGGAGUUGCUUCCGAAACUGCAAACGCAGUUACCAGGAAGUAAACUGGUUUUCGCAGAUCUAUCGGAAGCUUUGACAGAAGUAUUGUUGAAAGGUUUCCUAAGGGGUUCAAGUAUUACAGACUUGCUUGGUCAGUGCUGUCCAGGAUUAUGCACUGCUGAGCAAAAGCCAUGUGAAAAUGCAGAUAAAUUCUACAGAUGGGAUACUUUUCAUCCUACUCAAGCUGUUUAUAGACUAGUAACCAAAUAUUUGCUUGAAAAUGACAUUCCUAAAUUUGCAUGA